AUGCACGCGCUUACCUUUCCCUUCUCCCAUUCGCUGUUUGCUCCCUUCAACGUUCGUGUGGUGAUAGUACGGCUAGAAAUUUGGAAGACUGAUCGGGUCAGAAUGGAUGUUGAAGAUCAUCAUUUGCUGAAGACUCUGGCAAACUUCAAACGUACGCGGACCGAUGUUCGUCACGAUUGCCUGCAUGCUAUCGUGUAA